AUGUGCGGCCAAGGCCGCGGCGCGGGGGGCGGACCCCGGGAGCGCGGCGGCGCUCACACGUGCUGCCGCGUGUCGCAACCCACGCACGCUUGCCCUACGCCUCUGAGGGGCCAGGCUGCUGCCGCCGCCGCCGCCGCCGGCGGCGCAUUGUUCCUCUGCAGCCGUCCGGCAUUAUGCGAGAUUUCGGCGGCCAUUGUCAGCGCGGACGCGCCGCUGUCCGGCAGCUGGCCUCGCCUCGCCUCGCCUGCGCCUGCGCGCUCCCUUUUCCAGAUUUACAUGUCAAGCGCAGCACUUCUUCCCCCGUGCCCUGAGCUGGCUCUGCCGGCGCCGCCGCCGCCGCCGCCGCCGCCGCCGCCGCCGCCGCCGUUCGUUGCUCUUUCGAGACUGCGCUCAGCGGCAGCUCAGAACGCCAGGCCCGUCGUCGUUUGUCAGCUGUCAGUGAGUGCCGCCGUAAAGCAGCGGCAGGAGGGAGCGCCGCCCGGGGCCCGUCCCGCUGCGGCUCGCAGGCGUUGCCGCUGCCUUUGUGGCCGGCGCGCCGAGAUGCCUGACUGA